AUGGGAAUUACAAAAUCAAAAUAAUAUUUACUCACAACCUAUGAACUCUAGGAAUUUGCUGAUCAAGCCAAUAUCCAGUUAGAAGAUGUGCAAUGUUUAUAUAAAAUAUUUUAAAAUCUCAGUAGUCUCAUCAAAGAUGAUGGAGUUAUUGAUUUCAAUGAAUUCCAUCGAGGAUUUCAGAACAAGUAAAAUCCAUUAUCUCCCUUAUUAUAAAGAUCGCAAGAAACCACGAAUCUCAUUUUCACAAGAAUCGAUCUCAAUAACGAUAGAGUUCUGAAUUUCAGGGAGUUUCUCUUUGGGUAUGCCACAUUCCUUAGUCAAAAUAAAGCAGCUUAAAUUAAAUAUCUCUUUAAGUUAAUCGAUAACAAAAACGAGAAUGUAAUUUCUAAAGACAAGAUCAUAGAGACACUUAAUUGCUUAUUACCUAAUUUUCCGCAAAUUCAACUCACUAGGGAAGAGGUUGAAGAACUUAUUGCUUAGGAGUUAGAUUUUAUUUUUAAUAAAUCAAUGCCCACAUUCAAACAAUUUAAUGAAGACUUAAUUGAUGAAGUUCAAAAAGAAAAAGAAAAAGAAAAAUAGAAAACCUUAGAUUAUCAAUAAUUUUACUUUUUCCUAUCUGAAAAUUCAUAUAUUUUAGAAUGGCUCAAUCUUCCGAAGAUAUUUCUAAAAUCAAAUUGA